AUGUCAGAACUACUAUUGGAAUCAGAGCUGUCCUGGGUGCGCCCAGCUCAUGUUGGGCUCUUCCUUGUCUUCUCAGUCUCCAUUUAUCUUGCAGUCUCGUUAGUGCAGCGAAGUCAUCCGGCCAAACUCGAUCUCCCUAUAUUUGAAGUCCAAAAUGAAGUGGUCAAAACCAUUGAAGAAGCCCAUAAAAAGUAUCCCGAUUCGCCCUUUGUGCUUUCGCUGGUGGGGAUGGAGAUGGUCAUCCUGCCCCGAUCCAGCAUCGAUCUCAUAAAGUCGCUCCCUGAGACACAUGUCUCCAUCAAGAAGCACCAUCACGAUGUCUUUCUCGGUGAAUAUACCUACAUGGGUACGAAAACGGAAGAGUUCGAUGCCGCCAUGCGCCACGACCUCACUCGCAACACACCCACGGUUCUAGCCUCCUUCAAUGCAGAGGUCCAACACGCAAUCGACGAGAAUGUUGGUUCUUGUUGGAACUGGACACCAUUAAAGCCCCGUGCAGCCAUGUGUCGGGUCGCCUCCUUGAUGUCGGGUCGCGCCUUUGUCGGGGUGCCUCUGAGUCACGACGAGGAAUGGGUCGAGGCUACAGUCAACUACACGGGUAAUGUUACCCAGGCCUGGCUGCACUUGCGCACAUUAAACCGGUUUGUCCGACCAUUUGUGGCUCCAUUUCUACCACAGGUUAAAGCACUCAUGCGUAUGCGCGAGAUGACAUCGAGAAAGAUGGCCCCGCUGCUAGAGGAAAUAGCACGAGGCGACGAUAAAGGCGAGUCUUCAGACACCGCAGGAGGCGACAUGAUUCGAUGGUUUCAAGCGCGAUAUGACACCAAACCAUCUGCACGUGAGCUGGCGAGAGAUCAGCUCCUGGCGACCUUUGCGUCUAUUUACAACCUCUCCAACGCAUUGACCUAUUUGAUUUUCGACCUUGCGAGUUACCCGGAAUGCAUCGAACCGCUGCGACGGGAGUUAGACGAGGUUCUUGGUGACCAAAAGACUAUCGACAAAGACCACCUGCAGCGACUGAAGAAGCUAGACAGUUUUGUGCGAGAAUCUCAACGCCAUAGUCCGCCAUCGCUAGCCAACAUGCCCAGAGUCGUCACCCACCCCGAUGGACUCCGCCUACCAACCGGCCAGUAUCUACCCCAAGGGACGCGAAUCAUGGUGCGCGCCCACACACUCAACAUGGACCCUGAAUUAUACCCGGAUCCCACGCGGUUCGAUGCAUUUCGAUUCUCCCGGCUGCGCGAGGCUCCCGGGAGCGAAUUCAAGUAUCAACAUGUCACAACUGGAACCGACAAUAUCAACUUUGGACAUGGCGUUUGGGCCUGCCCAGGACGCUUCUUCGCCAGUAGCCAGAUGAAAGUAGUAGUGGCGCACAUUCUCCGCAACUACGACAUCAAACUGCCAGAAGGACAGCCGAGGCCGAAGCAGCAGCAUUACGGACUCGCGAUUCUGUCGGAUGCGACGGCCGAAGUCGUUUUGAAAUCACGAGUAUAG